GUGUGUCUGGUGGUGGUUGGUAUAAAAAGCAUUGCAUAACAGAGACUGACACUUGAUUUCAUUGUCUCCUUUUGAGAAGAUUGAAGUUGCUGUCAAACAAAACUUUAAAUAACGAAAAGAUGGCGAAUAUCCACACGAUUCUCUUGGUCCCAAUCCUGAGCGUUAUUUUACUCACUUCCCCAACGGAAGGCGGUGGUGGGCUGCUCCUCCCGUUGGCCGCCAUCACCGGACACGGGGGAUUGUACGCGAGUUCAUUCACUUCCGCGGCGCUGAUGAAGCUGAAAGUCGCAACGGCGCUGGCCGCGUUGGCUGGGAUCUCCGAGAGCGGUUUCCACUUCCGCGUUGGCCAUGGGGCUCCUCAUUUUAACGAACCUCAUCACGGUGGAGGUGGGUGGGGUUGGAGUCGGAAGAGGAGGUCCACCACUGAGGAAGAAGAACCGUCUCUGGAUCAAGUUUUAAGCUAUGACCAGUUAGGAUGUGGGUUAAGAUUAGUUUGCGAAUUGGCUGCCACCCCAGCGCAGGAGUUGAAGGAUGAUGGCAAGCUGAUCUUGGAGUUGUUUGGGCGCGACGGAAAAACGCCACCAAACCACACGAAAUCAUCGCGUGGAAAAUUGAGCUACUCUUACGCCUCGCUGCUCGGUGAGAAUGCGAAGGACUCCUCCGCGUGUGGCAAGGUUUAUGCCAAUUGUCCGUACGAUAAGAGCGAAAUUAUGGAGGCCAUCAGGGGGAAUUAGUUGGUUUUUUCUGUUAAAUUAGUGUACAAAUUGGGUGUGAAUGGGUUUGUUUUAAUAAUAAUAAAAUUUACUAGUCAGAAAAUCAA